CGGAGCGAUGCCGACCUCCCCGGUAUGUCCCCGUCUCCCUCGUACCGGGGAGCCCGGCACCGCGCCCAGCACCCCAGGGGCGGCCCCAGCACCGCGCCCAGCACCCUUUCUCUUACCCCCCACCCCCCCCGCAGCGCCUUGCCUCGGGCAGCCCCGCACACACGGGCCUGGGCCGCAGCUCCCUCUCACCUGGGUGCCCGCCAGCCCCACAGCCGCCUCUUUCACUCGCGCUUCUGCUGACGGGCCGCGGGCUGGUGCUUGCCCGGCCCAGCUCAGGGAGGGCUGCGGGUGGGAUGUACUGAGACUGGGGUUUCAGAGCCCCGCCAGCUUCUCCAUCCACCCAGAGAACACGCACAGUCAGAUUUCAUGGGUGUUCCUCGUCUCAGGGGCUCCAUGUUCCACCGUGAGCCUCUGUUGCUCAGGAAGAGCAGGUUGAGGGCAGGAUUCUCCUCAGCGACUGAAGGUGCACUUUCAGAUUCCCUGGUGUGAGAAGUAACGGAAGAAUUUUGCUUUCACCAGAAGUAAUGAAACAGUUACUUUUAUUGCGUUUGGCUAAACUGGUUAUUGAAUUCGUGUUGCUAAAAUUAUAACAGCCAAGGCUUUUUUGAUCACGAGUUAGGCAUGUGGUUGGGCAUUGUGGAGAGUUGGGCAAGCGAGAGGAUGGGGGGUGGUCUGUGGUUAGGUAUCAUGUAAAGAGGAACUUGGAUGGAGGGGCUGGGGGGGAAUGGAAGCCAGCAGGGAAGGGUUGAGCAAAGAACUGAUGAAGAGGAACCUGGACUUCACCCCCCACCACCACCCCGCCUCCCAGGGGACCACUGAGACCAACAGUAAAUGCCAAAGAAGAAGGGGGAGGAAGGAAAGGAGAGCAGAGCAGCAUGACACUCAAAGGCUGCGUGGUGCUGCAGGACAGGAAGACCCCAGUGGCAGAACACGAGCAGCCCCACAUGCUCACUUUGGGCUCCAUUGUCUGAGGAAACCUGGAGACAACGGGGAUGGGAGAAGGGAGAGACAGGACCCUCCCAGCGUCUUGCCAUCAGCCUCUCGGGAAGACGGCAUGGAGAUCUGGCUGGCUGGUGGCUUUCUGCCCCUGCUGCUCCUCGCCUGGCUGUCCACCGCAGGACUCACUCAUGAGAUUUCAGCCACGAUCAAUGUGUCAGUAGCGUUAGAUCUCGUCUUGCAGUGUCUGCUCCAGAUGGGCUCAAGCAGCACUGCUGGGGAGCUGAAGUGUUUUAAUACCACCCAAAACAACGGAGAAGAGCAGAACGAAGGUGGUGUGGAGUUGCAAAAAGUUUCUUCCCAGCUCAUCUUCACCAAUGUGAACAAAACUUAUACAGGAACAUGCAUCUUGGAGAACACGGGGAACGUGUCUAAGAACAAGCCUUUCGAAUACAACAAACCUGGUAAGAUAUACAAGCACCAUGGGAGCAGAGACAAAGGACUGAGGAAGGGGGAAGAGGGAGGGUCAGCCAGCCAGCCAGAAGAGUCAGACACCACCAUGGAGUGCAAGUUCAAGAUUUGGUUGGAGAAUUUCAUGGUACAUGUGAAGUGGUACAAACCUGCAGGUCUGGACACGGAGAACCAAACCAACAUCACGGCUCCGGGAGAAAACUGUACCAAUCUCACAAGCCAUGGCAUACAUGAAGUCAGCACUGGAAUUUGUGGGUGUACGGUGCUCAUCACAGGAAUAAACUUGAUAGACACUGGAAACAGCUCACAAGGGACAGUUCCCAGCUGUGGCCCACCUCAGACCAUGAAGGAGAGCUGUACAGGACUCACCUUGCUCCUGUGUAUCGUCUUUGGCUUAGCGGUCGCGACGUUUCUUUACAUGCCGAUAAUUGGCCUUUUGGUGUGGCAGGGCAGAAGGAACAGAAGAGGAGAGCUCCCAAGCAGGCAAGUGGCUGAGGGGAAUCAGCUCAGCAUGGCAGCCCCGGUGACAGGGACUGAGGACCUGACCUACGCCAACCUGAAGUUUGAAAAGGAGUCAAAACCCACCUCCUCUGACAUCGUUUACACCGAGAUCAAACCAUCGCAACAAAAGCAGAGCGUUGGGGAUGCCGGUGCUGCCAAUGCAGGGGUGGAUCUCUCUUCUGAGGGAGAAGGCAAAUGAGGGAGAGGGGAGGGACAAGCAGCUUGUUGUAUGCCUGUUGGGGUUGUUAUCCCUGAAAAUGAGGCAUUCUCUCAUAUGGAAGUGCAAUCUUGGUGACUAAAGCCACCUAUUUACCCCCAAAUGGCUGUACCACUGUGCUUUACGUUCCCCUGGGAGAAGCCACCUCUCGCGGUGAGGACAGGGCUCUUCCAGCCAGUUCUCCCUUUGCCUUCCCAGAGCCCCAAGCACUGCCAAGCCUCAGCAACUCCUUUCAUGGUUUCUGGUCACCAACGGGCUUCUCUAGCAACUUGCUCCAUGUUUCAGCGAUGUCACCAUGCACCACGUGGCCACCAUGGUGAAGGAAGCACUUGGUGUCCCCUUGGUGCUAGACAUCGUGGGUGGAAUGGCCAUGAGAAGCUCCCUGUGGUGUUGGAAAAGUCCUGGAGCAAUAUUCUGGAUUUUCUCCAGAGCAGGCACCUGCUGUGACAUGUGUUGACUUUGAGCUGGUUCACUCACUUGAAACAGGGAGCAAGGAUGGAAAGGUGUUUGCUUCGCAGAGGUGCAACUCAAGUGCUGCUGCAGUGAUCUACGUGGAUCUGCUUCAUACCGGGAGUGGAUGGGUGUCUUCAUGCAUGUAGAGCUUUCCUGUAAUUCGGAAAAAAACAAACAAACAAACAAAAAAACCCAGUGUUUUUGCUCGCAGUGUUUCCAGUUCUGUACUGCUGAGGGACACCCAGCUGAAGUCCAACAGGAAUAGUUGCCAAGCCCUGGAGACUUUCUGGUUUCCCCACUCAGUCCAGUUUCAGAGCAUAUACCCAUGGGAGAUGCCCCCAAAGCAGUGGCAGUGGAGCUCCUGGUGUCCU